GUCUUGCAGUCAGCCAAUGUCUUCAGAGAUGCGAACAAGAAGAAGGUUGCCUUGGUGUCAUCUAUGGGCAGGUGGAAGGCCCACGUCGUGUGGAGCUGCGCUGUUUCUUGGCUGGGGUCGGCGAGGAUGACGUGCUGAUGGAGUAUUCAUGCAGCUCUCCCGGCUGUGUCUCGAGGGUCUCCAGCAGGGCUUUGCUCGAGCUAAGUCAAACUUUGCAGUGUUGGCAGAAGCGCUGGCAGCGGUGUGAGGAUCCAGGGGAGCCACCUGUGGAGGAAGAUCGGGAAAGUGAAGAGCGCUUGGCCAGCAUACUGUCGGAGCUGCGGUCCAAGCUGAAAUCGCUCCCCGCGAUGAGUUCCACCGCGCGAGGAGUUUUCAGGCUCCACUUCCGGCACGUUUUGGUGAUUCUGGGCGGUGUUUGCCGACUGCUGGGGCGCGCCGCCGACCAAGCGGAUGCGACCGUCCAGCGCUGCUUACACGCCGCCCAAGCCACCUUAGAGGGUCCCACGGGCGGUGGCGCGUGGAUCCUCCUCGUGCCGAUCGGGCUGGGCCUGCUUGGCCAGCAUCUGCGCAGCUGCUUCGUGCAGCGGUGGGAGAAGUUGCAAGAGUUGAAAGCUGCAGAGAAGGUGAGCUACGCUGACCUGGUGUUCCCAGACUGCCACGACUUCGUGACGUCAGGCCCACACCCGGUGCCCAUGCUGGUCUCCUCAGGCCUGAUGCCCGAGAGCCCGGACAGUCCCCAGGUCUGUGAGAUGUUAGAGCUUCCUCCGGCGCGAGGUCGAACGGAAGCCCGACGGCGUGCCAUGACACCUCCAAGGCCGCGGAGCCUCCUGCCAGUCUUUAAGGCGAGGCAUGAGGAUGAUCACAGCAGUGACCCAGAGCAGGAGGUUCCGCCGCACGUCAGCCAUUGGCGAGAGCUGGAAAAGAUCAAGAAGGCCGACCGGCCCAAAGUCCGCGCCAAGGACGAAGCCCUCAUCGAGCGCCCAAAGCAGCGAGCCGCGCAGCCGCAUCCGUCGCUCGAGCUGCUCCGCGGCGUGGUGGCCCGCCUCUACUACUCUCAGAUUACGGCCGGGCUGUACCUGGCCACCAUGGUGCUCGCGGCACUGCUCUUGUGCAUCACCUUGGGCAUGGAAACCCCGCUGCGCGACGCGCCAAGAGCUUUGCUGUUUUUGGAGGGCAUCAUCACCUUGUCCUUGGUGGUGGAGGUGAUUCUCCGUGCCAUCGUACAAGGCCGAAACUACUUGAAGUCUUGGUGGAACGCGGUGGAUGGCAGCCUUGCCGUGCUCAGCUCCGGUCUUUUCUUCUUUGCAGCCCCAAGGGCUGCCGGAGAGGCGCAGAAGGAGGAUGUCGAGCUCAGUCAGUCACUGGUCAUGGCGCGCGUGAUCUUUCAGUUCGUGCGGGUCUUGCGAAUCGCCUCCCUUGCCCGGCGCGCCAGCACCGCGCGCGGGCCCGACGUGUCCUUCGCCAACGUGACUGAAAUGUUGGAAUUUACCGACCUGGAGGACUUCGACUUUACGCUCCUCAAGCAGGAGAUCCAAGAUCAACAUCGCAAAGAUGACUUUGGCCUCUGA